CCAUAUAAUUUGCUUCUGAGAAUUUACCGAAAUACCCCUGGAUUGGAAUCCACCAUAAUAUAAUACCCAAUAAACCACUUGAUUGUACCGCAAGUCUUGGCCAAAGCUCCUCUUUAUAAACAACAACACUAAACCAUAGUUCUCCUCUCCCUUCUUCUCUCUCAUUUUUUGCUCAAGCAAAAGAAAAGAAAAAUAGAAAAAGCCCAUUUUUCUCAAACCAAUUUUCUUGGUUCAGUUUUUUUCUUACUCUUUUUGUGAUUUUUUCAACAGUUAUUCUUAUUCCUCUUUAAGCUUUCUUUCAACUAUGGCCACAAAAAUGUUUCAUUUGGCUGGGACUGAAGACUUUUACUCCAGUGAUUCCCACUUUCUUGAAGCUUGUUACCUUUGCAGAAAACCACUUGGAUAUAACUCAGACAUCUUCAUGUACAGGGGAAAUACUCCAUUCUGUAGCAAAGAAUGUAGACAAGAGCAAAUAGAGUUUGAUGAAGCAAAGGAAAAGAGCUGGAAAAUGAGUAGCAGAGCCAUGAGAAAAUCAGAGACCAAUAAGGACUCUACUCCAAGCAAAACCUCAAGGACUGGCACUGUUUCAGUAGCCUGAUGAUGAUCUAUACAAAGCUGUGUAUUUAACAUUAAUAACAAUCUUUGAGCUUUUGGAGUAAAAGAAAAGGAAUUUUUCCCAUGUUGAAAAUGGUCAUUUGGGGACAUUGGGAUUAAAAGGGUGUUGAUGAUGAUCAGUCUGUGAUCUGUAAAGGUGUGUGGAAGGUUUGUAUGAGGCAGACAUAAAAUUUUGAUUUUUAAUCUUUGUUUUUCAUUUUGGGUUGGUAUGGGUAGAUCCUUGUUUAUAUAAAAAAAAAAAAAAUGAAAAAACAGAUCUGGGGGUUGGUAUAAUCUUGUAAUGAUGUUUAUCAGUUUACUAUCUGAAAUGAAAUUUUGAGGCACUUAAUUAUUAAGUCAAGUUUCUUUAAGAGACUUGAUUUAUUUCAUGGCAACUUGCUUCAAUUUCAAUAUGUGAAUAUAUAUAAUUCUCAUGGAAAAUUUAAAUUUGGACUGAUAGAAAAAAAAAAAAAAAUUCAAUUUUAACAUCAUUGUCAUUUUCUCCCAUCUGCAAUUCUUUUCUUCUUCUUUAUUUGAAAGAUGAACUUUCAAUUUACCUUUUUUUUCAUCUUUUUAAUGUCUUCUCUAUUAUAGUUAAAAAUUUAAUUUGGAAAAUAUUAUAAUUCUAAUUUAUAGUUUUAAUA